GCAGACAGGGGAAGGACAGGUUUCCUUCAGUGACGCCGUGGAAUGAGCUUUCUUUCUGUACAAGAACAGCCGCAGCUUUUACCCGAAGUAGACUGACUCUAACAAGGUACAAAUAGGACUGGGAAGACUAGUUCCUGCUCUCAUCGUCUUCCUAAUGCGAUGCCGAAGACUGACUCAUGGCCAGGCGGUGUUGCCACUAAAUCCUUGAGCAAUAUGGACAGUGCUGGUAGCUGUGAAAGUGUAAUCAGCAUGAACUCUGGCUAUAGUGAAGACAGUAUGGAGCAUUUAUCUGCAGAAGAGAGGGCAUGUAUCAUGUAUCUGGAGGAAACCAUCGAGGCUCUGGAGAUACAGGAGGACAGCGGCUUCUCCAACGAUGAACUAGAUCUUGGCUUACAGGCAGGAAAAAUGGAUCAGGGAAAAGUUAACGACACUUCCAGUUUUAUGUCUAAAUUUGGAGAAGUAGAGCAUCAUACUCUGUCUGAAAUCUCUGAACCAAAGUCCCACCCUGUUUCUGAGCCCAAUACACAAGAUCUCCUAUCACCAGUGAACCAUGUCACUCAACCAAAACCUCUAGUCACUGUUAACAGACUCGCCUCCUCAGCUCCUCCGACUAAGGAGCUGUGUGUGACUACGGAUGCAAAUGGUAAUCCUAUAAUUGUCACAGGUAACAAUCUUCAUCCAGAUCAGUCCAGUGAGGCUUCUGGAAUGGAUCCGAGUCUGAUUCCUCCUCCCUCAGACUUCAUGGAUGAACCACAUCCUCUUGCAUACUCAAAGGAAGUCAAACGCUUUCCUCCAUCUGCAGGUACAAAGAACAACAAGUCAUUAACAACUGUUGACUUGGAACAGAUUUGUCAGAGAGCCUCUGGGAAGAAAACCUCAUACAGCUCGUCUUUGACCCAGGAAAGUCCAAGCAUGCCGUCACCUGAAGUGUCUCCCUGUCUGAGUCCACUGGCCAUCACAUCUGACUACCUAAGGAGUCCUCCUCCAGAGUCUGCUGAGCCCAGAAGUCCACCUGCUGUGGCGCCUAAGCCUAAGAAGCUUCCUGCCAACAUUCAGAAAUCGUACAGGUCACCGGCGACUGCCUCUGAAGGCACUAGUAAUGACCAGGUGCUGUUGGAUCCGCAGAGAGUCCACAUGGAGGCUCUCCGAAAACUUGGCCUGCUAAAAAGUGACGAGGCAGUUUCAGGACCUCCUCUCAGCCCCAAAUUCUCUCUAUCUCCCUCACAAUCUCCCAGAACUAGAAGAUCAUGGGGGGCUCCUCCCUCUCCAUUCAGCCCAGCAGCUCUACAAACACCAUCUAACACCUAUGUCAACAGUCCAUCCCCUGUCUUUGUCCCUCUACAGCCUCUUCCUGCUAUGUCUCCAUCAGUUAAUCCUUCAGCUCCAGAUAUUUUCCCAGUACCUGCUGCUUUCAGUGACCCUGCAGAAUCUCUGCCAGUUCAUGGAGCGACUGCUGUCAAACAUGUUUCAAAGGACAAUGGAGAUGCAGAGGCAAAUAUGCCUCAUCUUAACUCUCCUACUUUGAACAAACAUUUAACCCCACCCAAGAUCACAGGUGUCAAAUCAGCCACCCUGGAACACUCGGGCCUGGAACUAAGCAGCUCUACAGCAAGUCAAGACUUCAAUAUGGCCAGUCAGCUGCGAAACAGUCGGCCACGCCCUGCCUCUCUGGGGAGCAGGAAAGAAUUUCCAAGCGCUCAAGGAGAAAAUGUGCAGAUGGGCCGUGCCACCAGUAAAGAGCACGACCCACGGAGGUCCCUGCCUGCCCACAGGGACUCUAAGCUGCCUCGAUCAGAGGGAAUCAGUGUGCUGAUCUGCCCACGUUCAGAUAAUGAAGAGGACCGUCGCAAGGCCCUGAAGAAGCUGGGGCUGCUUAGGGACUAAUGCUAAUGCUUUGCCACCUCAUCUUACUCUUCACCUAAUCAUCACCAACUCCAUUCAGACAAUUCUUGUCAUACACAUGAUGAAGCCAUUACAGACCUUUCAGGAAGCAUCUUAACCACAUAUUAGUGCAUUUUUUUCAUUUCUGCUGCAUCAAGUUAGUAUAACCAGAGCCAGCCUGACAUGAACCAAAUACUGCUAUACCCACAUUUGCAUCUACUUUUACUAAUAUCUUCCUCAUGUACAUUGUUUUCAGUUCUCAUUCAUGUUGCACUUGUCGGAUAUCACUCACUCUCUCACUGUUGCUUAUGUGUUUUAUUGUAAAUUAAAUACUGUUACUUGUAACAGGCUGGGAACCAAA